UUUUGUUUGAGACAAUAAAGCUAUAUUUUGACUUUGCAUUUUUGAAGAAAUUCUAACCCCCUAAUAUGUCAGCUCUUGAAUUACCUAGUUGUUAGGAGACAAGAUAUUUUUUGAUAUUUUUCUUUUGAUGGAUGAAAUAAAAUUUAAAAUAUGUAAGUAGGUAGCUCAUAAAUCGAGAUAAUAGCAACAAAGUUUCAGAUAAAACAACACAUACCUAAGGCUGUCCUAAUGAUUUUUUUUAUGUGUUACUCAACUCUCCCAAUCCCUGUUCUUCCUCAAUUACUUUAAGAAAACAAAAGGCCUCAUUAUUGCCAGCUCCUUUAUUAUCUAGGACGUCCGGGGUAGCGGAUUUGGCAACGCCGCGACGCCGCGUUACCCCUUGGAAGCCCGCCAACCAAAAAGGCACAAUUCAGAAAUAUUUCGGCCAGUCUCUCUACUCUCUCGUGUAGAUCUUCAGCUGGCGUAUUCUAGCGUGGUGUUAUAAAAUUUAUUGCCGUGACAUAUCAAGAUAUCAAAUAAUGAGAAACUGUGAUAAAUGAAAUAUCGCAAAAAAUUAAAAUUGUUUUAAGAGAAAGAAAAACGAUAUUCCAAACGCGAAUCUGAGACUUACACAUAGUUGCAAAAUCGUCUAUACACAGAAUUACAUUGAUGAGUAUUUUAUUGUGAAAUUAUAAGACUAUUAUUGUGUUUGAAAUUUUUCAAAUAAGACGGCAACACUGGACCGUAUGAGUAACGCGAUCCCACCGGUACUAUAGUCAGCUAAAGUUGUGUUUUGUGUUGUGUUGUGUAUUUUGGUUCCGUACAGAUUGCCGGGGCCACGUGGACAUCGAUACAGUCAAGUCAAACAGUAGGUACUAAAGAGUGGGUGUUGUUGCUCUCGUGAAUGACUUUUUCCAAGAACUAUUAGUGAUUUAAGUGAGAAUUUUGCCGUCUACUUUCUGAAAAAUAUAUACCUACAUGAAUUUUUCAUUUUUGUUUAGGUUAUGUAACCUCUUGAUGAAAAAGUAAACCAUCAUAAUGCAGAGCUUCAGUAAUUUGUUCCAACUGAACCAACAACCUCAGAUGUCGCAUCAUCAUAACCACCAUGUGGCGCCACCGCACCUAAAUCGCCAUAUGGGCUACUUGGGCCAUUACAAUCACCACAACGUGAACAAUUUUUCUCAUUAUCAGCCCACUCCCUCGCCGAGCAUAAGCAUUGAAAGUUGCCCAGAAACUCCUUCAGAUGAGAGCGAAAACCAAAGCUUCAGCUCUAAGUCCGAACACUCAUCUUCACCAAAAGUUGAAUAUAGUUCAUCGCCAAAGGAGAAUUUCUUCAAGAGGCACGGACACCAUCAUCACCAUUCCAUUCAGGAAUUGAUUGGGCACUUUAGGAAAAAAGUGCACCAUUGGAGAUCGGAGAACGGUUAUAGGAGAAGCUCGUGCAGCGAGGGCGGUAAUAAUGCAGCUGAUGAGUUUAGGAUGAGGAGCAAAUCGUUGGAUUGUAGUAGCAAAAGGCCAUCUGUCAGCGAUUGCGAGAGUACUUACAGGAUUUAUAAUACUAUAUUGAAAGAAGGAGCUCAAUUAAAACAAAGAUCUUUGGAUCCGGAAAGGAGACGACAAUCUUUAGGUGCCAUAAUACCCACGAACAUUCAUCGAGCUUCCGAUGCGUUCCUGGAUCCACACCAUGCGGCCAUAUUGUUUAGGGAUUCACGAGGGUUACCAGUGGUUGAUCCGUUCCUAGAAAAAGUUAAUAUAUCCGAUUUAGAAGAAGAUGAAUCUCAAAUAUUCGUCAAGUUCUUCAAGUUUCACAAGUGUUACGAUCUCAUACCCACGUCGGCCAAGUUAGUGGUCUUCGAUACUCAAUUGCUCGUCAAGAAGGCCUUCUUUGCUUUAGUUUAUAAUGGUGUCCGGGCAGCUCCGUUGUGGGACAGCCAAAAACAAGAAUUCGUAGGGAUGCUCACCAUUACCGAUUUCAUCAAAAUUUUGAGGAUGUACUACAAGUCGCCCAGCGUCGCAAUGGACGAAUUGGAAGAGCACAAAUUGGACACGUGGCGCAGGGUGCUCAAAGAUGCGAGGCCUCUCAUCAAUAUUGGUCCGGAUGCUUCAUUAUAUGAUGCGAUCAAGGUGCUCAUUCACAAUAGAAUCCACAGGCUGCCAGUAAUAGAUCCAGAAACCGGCAACGUCCUAUACAUUCUCACUCAUAAAAGAAUACUCAGGUUCCUGUUUUUGUAUAUAAAUGAAUUACCCAAGCCAAGCUACAUGAAUAAAACCCUGAGGGAACUGAGGAUAGGCAGUUUCGAUAACAUAGAAACCGCCAGCGAGGACACUUCUAUUAUAUUAGCUCUAAGAAAAUUUGUAGAGAGGCGAGUUUCAGCGUUGCCAAUAGUAGACUCUGAAGGUCGAUUGAAAGAUAUUUAUGCUAAAUUUGAUGUAAUUAAUUUGGCUGCUGAAAAGACUUAUAACGACCUAGACGUUUCGCUGAAGAAGGCCAACGAGCAUCGAAACGAAUGGUUCGAGGGUGUACAUAAUUGUAAAUUAGACGAGACACUAUUUAAUGUUAUGGAAAAAAUCGUUCGAGCCGAAGUGCACAGAUUAGUUGUGGUGGACGAGGCCGAUAAAGUUAUAGGAAUUAUUUCGUUAUCCGAUUUACUAUUGUACCUGGUUCUAAGGCCUUGCGGUGAAGACGGCGGAUCGCCCGAUGGUGUGGCUUCUGUACGUGCACAGGAUAUUAGUAAAAUUCAAGAAAAAAUAGCCAAUUCGAGCCGGACAUCGUCCAACGAGGAAGUGUCCCAAACAAUACUCGAAGAAGAGGAGCAAGAAGAGACUCCUGCAAAACAAGCAGAAGUCGACGAGGAACCCGAUAACACCAUCGAAACGCCGAUUCUAGAGAAAGAAAUAGAAAAUACCAUUUUCCGGGAAGUUACGGUGACUGGCGGAGGCGAGUGACAAAAUAGAAUAUAAAAAUAAGUAAUAAAUGUAAAAAUUACACAGAAAAAAAAAAAGCAACAUGGUGAUGUUUUUUGAACAAAAUGCGGGUUUUUUGUACAGUUUAAAUACUUAAUUCGUGAAAAAGAAUUGUUUCUGGUUUGAUGUUUUUUUUUUGUUUCAGACAGAACAAGAGAGAUUUGUGGUUUUCAAUGUUUGUGUAUUUUAAAACUUCUGAUAUUUGCAAUAUUAUGUCCUUAUUAUUCCUUUUUUAAUGGCUGAAAAUGUAAUUUUUCUUUUAUUCUUGUGAUUUUGAUUGAAUGCUGCCUUUUACUCUCUCUGUGAAAACAAUUGACUUAUUAUCUUUUAAGACAGUCCAGGGAAAAAUAUUGGACUCAAAGUGCUAAAAUUUUAGCGAUUCAUUAGAAAAACUCUACGAACAACUAAGAUUCUAGAUAUUUUAUGUACAAAAUAUUGCAAAUAUUUAACCCCCAAAACAGAACUAAAGCUUAAUAAAUUAACCACCAAUAAAAUAAUAUUUUUUCUCCAAACCAUUCAGUUACCCUCGAGCUUAUUCCAUUCGUUUGGAGAAAAAAUAGCGUGUUGCAUACGGAGUAGAAGCACUUUUUUGUGCUUCAGCAGUAUUGCAAGCCUCACUACAUUCGGCUCGCAAACCUACUGCUUCAGCACAAAAAAGUAAAGCUUCUACUCCUAAUACAACAAUAUACUAUUAAAUAAACAAACAAAAAAUGUAUAAUAAAAUUAUUAUUAAUAUUAUUGUACUUAAAGUAAGGAAUAUACCAAAGACUGCUUGUAUUUUUUGGUUUUUUUCGCAGAAACAAUUCAAUUUAUUAUUAUAUAAUAUAUUAUGCAUUGUUUAUUAGCGCUUUAUUUAUUUGUAUUUUACAUAAUAAUGAUUAUCCGAGGGCAAAACAAAAUAACUUGCCUUUUAUAAAUAUUAUACAUAGUGUGUUUUCCAAGUUUCUGAGCAAAUUAUUUUGUUGAAUCCACUUUAUAAUAAUAGUAUAUAUAUAUGGAAAAAGUAAAUUUUGAGUAAAUGGUAUAUAUAUAUAUAUAGUUAUUUUGAUUUAGUUUACAUUAUUAAUUCUAGAUCGAGCCAAUUUUACUAUUAAUAGGGUUAGACUAAAAACAUUUUUUUUUUUUUGCUAAUAGGCGGUUUUUCUAUAGGAACUUUUUAAGCAAAUGCCUUAAUUUUACAAUGAAGAAUAAAUACAUUAUACUGUUUUUAAGGAAUAAAUAUGUUUGAAAUCGA